GCCGAUUAGAUAUAUGAACCACGCGUGCUUUCCUUCUUGCUCUUUUGCCCUCUCCUUCUCUGGCCGUCCUUCAGCAUGACAGCGACUCUCGAUAAUACGCUGGGCAUGCUCUUCGACUCGCUCGUUCUGAGCGCAAUUUUGUAUGGAGCGGGUCUGCUUCAGAUAUGGCAUUAUUAUCGGCACUAUGCUAGGAAGGACGGCUGGAUCAUUCGUUCUCUGGUAAUCACCCUUUUCUGCAUCGACACGGCUCAGCAAGGGAUGUACGCCGCUUCUGUAUACUGGUACUGUGUAACAACACAUGGCGACCCGACGUCCUUGACGGUCCUGGACGCCAAACUGGCGCAACAGGUUGAACUGAUCGGUGUACUUGCUCUCAUUGUGCAGUCGUUCUACUGCUACCGAGUCUUCUUGCUGAGCCGCAAAAACUACUUUGUGGCUGGAUUCCUGCUUCUCUUCUGCUUGGGUACUUUUGCGGUGUUGUCCACCUACUAUGGCUUCAUCGCGCAGUACUCGCUUUUCGCUGACCUCGUCACCGUGAAGCCCUUGUCUAUUGCGAUCAACGUCACGUCUGCGGUUAUGGACGUCAUGAUCUCCAUCUCCAUGGUGUUCUUCUUGCACACCUCGAAGACGGGCUUCAAGCGAUCCAACGAUGUCCUUAACCGUUUGAUCGUCUUCACCUUCAACACUGGCUUGCCCACUAGCGCUGCUGCUAUCUGGUCGCUCAUCGCGAUCAACGUAUGGCCCGACACGUUCGUGUACAUGCUGACGUUCUUCCUUGAGGGCCGGUUAUACACCAACUGCUUGAUGGUGACGCUCAACAGCCGUGCCAACCUCAAGAGUGCGUUGUCAGGCUCCUCAGGGGAGAACUACACCAUGUCGAGCCGCGACCGUAGUGGCAACCUCUCGUCAGGGCAACGCCUCAACGGCUCGAACGCCAUCGCGAUCCGCAUCGAUACGACGCAGCAAUUGGAUCGCGGGGUGGAGGACUACAAGCAGCAACAGCACGGCAUGGAGACCCAGAGCGUCGACAAGGUGUAAUAUUGCCGCGUGCCGCCAGACGCUACAAAACCUGUGCCGGUCUGACCGUGCGGUCACUGUUGUACUCUGUCCUUCGUUUGUAUAGAUUCUAACGGUACACUGGCCGCACUUCAUCCAGUAACGCGCUGUAGUACACUACGGUAUAUUGAGCAUAGACGGGGUAAUGCCUUGCGAGGUCUGCGAUGGUGUACAGGUCUGCGGUGAGCGGAAGAAUGGCGGGAAGUACAA